AUGAAGUUAAUAUUAGUUUUGGUUAUUUGUUUUUGUGCCGUUCUAGCCAAAGAACAUCAUCAUCACGAAGAACCUUGUCCAGAAUGUGAUAGUUGUUCAGAACCUCAUUAUGUGGCAGGAAAAAAGUGUCCAGAAUGUGUUAAAAAACCAUGUGACGAAGUUUAUUGUGAGUCUUGUUACGAAAGGAAGUUAGAUCAUUGUGGAUGUCCCAAAUGUGUGCCUAAAAAAUGUCCCAAAUGUGGACCUUGCGAAAAGAAAUCCCACGAGCUUGAUAAAUGUCAUUGUCAUAAAUGUAUUCCUAAAGAUUGUCCUGUUUGCGGACCAUGCGAAGUUCACAACGGCUGCUUAGAUGAGUGUGACUGUCCAAUAUUUGAGCCAAUAGUUUGUGAAUGUUGUGGACCUUGUGAACAAGAGACAGGCUGCUUUGAUAAUUGUGGCUGUCCUAUUUGUGAGUGCAUUCCAUGUCCUUCUUGUGACCCAUGUGAAGUCCCAAGUGGCUGUAUAGAUGACUGUGGCUGCGAGAUAUAUCGUCAAAAAGAAUGUCCCACUUGUGAGCCUUGCUUUACAGAGACAGGCUGUGUAGAUAGUUGUGGCUGCCCCAUAUUCUAUCCAAUAGAAUGUCCUCCUUGCGGGCCUUGUGAUGUUGCUACAAAUUGCACCGAUAAAUGUGGUUGUAUUAUCUACGAACCAAAGGAAUGUUGUCCACCUGAUUGCUGCGAAGUGGAGACUGGAUGUUACGAUGAAUGUGGAUGCCCCAUUUAUAAACCUUUGGAAUGUCCCUGUUUUGGACCAUGUGAUAUCGAUAGCGGAUGUGUGGACAAAUGCGGAUGCAUAAUCUUUGAACCAAAGCCAUGUCCUACUUGCGGUUUUUGUGAAGAACCUACAGACUGUAUUGACGAAUGUGGUUGUACCAUAUAUCAUCACAAACCAUGUCCUAUUGGUGGCUGUUGUGAAGUAGCAACAGAUUGCACUGAUGAAUGUGGAUGUACAAUAUACAAACAUAAAGAAUGUCCACUGUGCGGCCCUUGUGAUGAAGACACUGGUUGUAUUGAUGAAUGCGGCUGUUCUAUAUACGAACCAAUACCUUGCCCUCUGUGUAACAAAUGUGAAAUAGAUACUGGAUGCUUUGACGAAUGCGGCUGCCCAAUAUACGUACCUAAGGAAUGCCCCCCUUGUGAACCCUGUCAGGAAGAAUCAGGCAGCUAUGACGAAUGCCUAUGCCCCAUAUAUAAACCCAUCGAGUGUCCUUCCUGCAAUGAAUGUGAGGAACCCACUGGAUGUUAUGAUGAGUGCGGAUGCCCAAAAUUUGUAUGCAAAGAGUGUCCUUGUGCUGGACCUUGUGAUAUCGACUCAGGUAAAUUAGAUACAUGUGGAUGUAUCAAAUGGGAGCAUAUCACAUGUCCAAGUUGUGGGCUUUGCGAAAUACCAACAGAUUGUGUAGAUAAAUGUGACUGCACUAUUUACGAACCAAAGCCCUGUCCCAAAUGUGGACACUGUGAAGUUUCUAACCAUACCUAUGAUAUAUGCGGAUGCGAAGAAUUUAAGCAUAAGGACUGUCCUUUAUUGAAAUGUGCAGAAGGACAAAUAAUUAAAACAUGUCCAGGAGAAUGCUGUCCUAAGUGUAGGCCCCACAAUUAUAAAUGUAAAUAA